UUGGCAAAACAAAAAAUUUGGCAAUUAACUAAAAAUACACAGAGAACUUAAAGUUUGAAAACAGAAAUAAAAGAAACAAAACAAAAGUGAAUUUUUAUUAAAUUUAUAAACAAAAAAGCAUUAUGCUGGGUAGACAACUGAUAACAUUUGCCACAACUUUACUGUGUUUAAACAUAGCGGCGGCCAAACCCACUAAACCAGCAGCACUGAUAGCAGCCGCUGCUAAUACAGUAACCGGCAAUGAACUCGCCUAUUGGGAGCACUUGAAUAAAACCUGCCUUAGCCAUGACUGCGAGGAGCACGUGAAUGUUAAGCACUUGCAACAUAUUGCCACACACAUGAAUCGUGCUAUUAACCCCUGUGAGGAUUUCCAUGCCUAUGCCUGCAGCAACUGGCAGCAGCAACAUCCCCAGCAACACACUGUUAUGGCCAUGGGAGAGCAACAAUUGAAUGAUAAAUUUAAGCAAAUAUUUCGCCAACAUUCGGAGUCUGCACAUAAUUUAUUGAGAGGCGAUUUGAUAAUGCAUAAAAUGCACCAAUACUUAGAGGUGUGUCUGCAAAGUGAGAGAUCGGAGAAGGCCUCCUGGCGCCAAUACAUUAAUACUCUGAGAGACUUGGGUUAUCUGCAAUGGAGCCAGCACAGCAAUUGGCUGCAAACCUUAAGAGAGCUUAAUUUAUUCUCCAAUAGCAGAUUCUUUAUUUCUCUGCAAAUUGAACGCUUCAAUGCCUCACGUUUUAUGCUCAGCAUAGAUCCCCACAAUCUCAUGGAGAGAGUAGAAUUCUCUUUGGAUUUAUAUGAAAUUUUGAAAAUCUACACCAAUGAUUCUUUUGCAAAACUGGAAAAUGAUUUUAAAAACUUGGAAUUGGAUUUGGAGAAUAUUCUGAAAACUUCCUGUCUCAAUGCCAUCGUUGAUGAGAACAAUGAAUGUGAUUUAACACAAUGGCUUACAUAUGAAGAGUUAUUACUUAGCAAUUCCUCGAUCAACUGGGAAUAUUUAUUGGCCGAUUUUCCUUUAGAACAAAAAGAUCAAAUAUUUGUAAAUGAUUUGCAUAAUUUAGAUAAGAUCAAAACCUAUUUAGAUCAUAGCUCGCAAAAGACUUUAUUUUUAUAUUCUCUAACACGCUUCAUCAAUUAUUUACAAUCUUCCAAUCACAACAUCAUAGACAAGGGUUCAGAGCGCUCUUCCUGCCUACGUCAUAUGCGCAAGCAUUUUCCUUUGCCCAUGAAUUAUCUCUAUGAGAAAGUUUAUUAUGGCCAUUAUCGGCCUCAAAGUGACAAUGUUAUAUACCAGGUCUAUAACCAGCUGAAAGAGCAAUUCUCUCUUAUAUUGGACACCAAUGAAAUGCAACUCUCUUCCGAAAGCAUACAGUAUUUAAAGAAAAAACUUAAGUAUUUAGAAUUAAACAUCGGCAAUUUACCCAAAAAUGCUUCUGCCCAUUUCUAUGCCGAAUUUAUAGCAGAUCUUAAUGUUACCCAUAAUUUCUAUACUAAUCAUUUAAUGGCUUUGAAGCAUUACUUUCAACGCCAGCGUUUGUUGGCUUCUGCUUCCAAAUUUGAAGAUUUUUGGUUUACUUUUAAUCUGCACAUGCCCAAUUUCCUAGAUAAUCUGGACUCUACCCCCUACUAUUUUAGUACCGCCAAUUUUAUUAUCUUACCCUUUGCCUAUUUGCAAUUGCCGUUUUAUGAUCAUCGUUUCUGGCCCUCAUUGAUAUUUGGUGAUUUGGCCAAUACUUUGGGUCAUGAGCUGAUACAUGCUUUUGACUCAAAAUUCCUGGAAAAUGAUUUUGCCGGCAAUUACAAUGAGCUAGAGUCACUGGCCAUUAUUAAUAACAAAAACUUCCAGCAUAAUAUAGCCUGUCUCAGUAAAGAGCCCACCAAAUAUUUAACAGAGCGCAUAGCUGAUAUCAGUGGCACUCAUUUGGCCUUGAAAACCUUUAUCAAGGAUCCUCUCUUUCUCAAACACAAUGGCAAAUUGUUUUUCCUGCAAUUCGCUCAAUUCUUUUGUGGUUCAUCUUCAAAGGACAUUUUUUCUUUGGCAGAUAAUUCUCAUGAUUUGGAUAGUUUAAGGCUUAACUACACUCUGUCUCAUAUGCCCGAAUUUGCCGAAGUAUUUCAGUGUCCCUUGGGCAGUCCCAUGAAUCCGGUGGAAAAAUGUAAAUUGUGGUAAAGCUUCAUUAUUUUAAGGUUUAUUAUAAAAAACUAAUUUUGUAUUUUUUUAAUUAACAAAUGUACUUACUAAAGUACUUUUAUGUUAUAAUUUUUUUUAACGAAAACUUGUACUUAUAAAAUUAAUUUACUUAUAAAUUAAACAAUAAGCAAAUGUAUGGUAUUUUAGUUGAUAAAUUAAUUUAUAUUUAUUUAAAUUAAGUAGUAUUAAGUCUAAGAUAUAAGCAGAAAAUAUAAAAAAUAAAAAUAUUUAGAAACAUAUGAAAAAAAUAA